UGUGCGGAGGGGGGGGGUCAACUCCCUUGUCUUUGGCAUCCCAGAUGCUGAGCUCCAAGCUGGACUCCUCUCCACAAACCAGCUAAUUAUCCCUACACCUUCCCUGCUCUCUCCCGGCUCCAGCUUAAGGGGGGGGGGGGCUGGUUACGGAAGGCCAAUACAGGCAGGAGGGACCGGUCUCUGCCUUGGGAUUGACAGGGCAUGAUGGGGAUCUAUGGGGCCGGGGGCCUCCCUCCCCCUCCCCCUCCCCUGUUUCGCAUGAGCGGCCUGGGAGGAGAGACUGCAGGAGGGCGACGUCAGCAGUGACGCUCCUUGGCUCCUCCCCCUUCCCGCUCUCAGCCCAGGGAGGGAGGGCAGGCGGCUGGAGGAGAUGCUGGUGCCGGGCGAGGGGCUCAGCUGCAGGACCGAGAGGACCAGAGAGAUGCAUUAGAGGGGGCAGGAGACCUGCGGAAGCUGCUAUGGAGGCCUCAUCUGUGGACACCACCAGUCCGGUCACCUUCUCGCAGGUGUUCGGCCAUCAGUGUCAACUUCUGGAGGCAGCCGUCCAGUCGCUCCGCACCUUGAACGACCAGAUCUCCGACUUCAUCGUCCACAAGGCCCAGGCGCUGGAGGAGGACGACGGCUCCCUGCAGGCCUUCCUGCCCGCCGAGAGCGGCACCCUCAGGAGGUCCAUGUCCCUCAUGACCCAGCUGCUGAUGGACGCCCAGUUAAGCAAAUUUCCUGCCGCAGUCCUCAAUUUACUGCGCUCCCCCUGGGAUAAAUACUGAACUGGCACCGAAUCUGUUGGUUCCCACGGAAGGCCGUCUCUGCAGAGUCCUUCAUUCUUCCCCCUCCCUCCCCUCCCUCUAUUUCCUUGUGUCUCUUCCAGGCCGUGUCUGGCUGGCCGUCCAGACAAUAGCAGGGAAAACAUUUUAGGUGAAGAAAAACAGACACAGAACGCCUCAGGGAAGUCAUUGGGUAAAUGUGUGCGCAGCUCUUAAGAUCUCCCUCUUGGCCCAGAGUUCGCUCUCCUCCACCCGCAGACCUUCCGCCCUGGAGGAAGCUGCGGAUGGGAAAGGGCUCCGGAAAGGAGGGGGCAGCGGCAGGUGCAAUCGGCCGGUCUUCUCUUUUGCCCUUGCGGCUCAGUGCAGUCGGGAUUUGGGGGCUCUCCUGGUUACCAGCCUGGGGCACCUCUGGGUGUGAGAGAGUGCCAAUGCCUGGUCCUCCUCAGAUCUCGGGGUGCCCCCACACCCCCCCUGUGCUGGGUGCCCCUGCUAUUCGUUAACCGGGGGUCUCCGUCUUAUUCUAUCGUCUGAAUCCCAAUCGGGUCUUCCGCGAAGCCCUCUCAGGCUGGAGGUCCAGGCAAGCCAGGACUCCAGAAUCGAAAGGGGGAGUUUGCCCACCGAAGCCCCUCGGGCAGAAGGCCAGAGACGCAUGCCAGCUCUUUGGUGAGGGUGGGGGCUUUAUUAAGCAAAUGCGACCUAUUAGUGAUCAUAUCCUGGCACAAAGUAUCACAUUUGCAUUACAGAGACAUACAAAUAUUUGCAAUCCACGUGGUCUAAAUCAUUGGGGGCUCAAGAGCCUGUUUUAAUCCUGAUUAAUUUAAUCCCAAUAAAUAAGUCCCCAUUU